AUGCGUAAAGCUCUCGUGCAUGCAUUCUUAUUGCGAUCCUUCCAUCCCAGGGGUUUCACCACCACUAGAUGCAUUCGUGAACCCAAGGUCCUACCCCCUGGGGAGUUACUCCGGCGACGUGUAGGGAUUUUAACCCGCGAUGGCGAUGCCGAGGCCGCGGCCGCGGCGAUGCGCGAGUACGUUUCCUCGCAGCUUCGUCUUCCGCCUGAGAAUCGGGGGGAACCAUCGCUCGUGGCGUUCUGGGAGGCGCUUUCCACAACCCUCUUUGCGUGUGAACAAAGAGGAAAGGAGCGGUUGGGUUUGGAUCUCAUCACCACGGUGCGGCGCCACGUGCCGGAUGCGUACUGGAAAAAAGAAGAAAACGUUUUGGCGCUUACCCUACGACUGCACUGCGCGACCGGGGAGGGGACCGCGGCGAUGCAUUUGUUUUCGUAUUUAGUGCAGGAAGGCAUGCUGAAACGGCGGACGGCCUCCGCGUUUUUGCGGUUUUGUUGCCGUCAAGGCGGGUUCAAGGCGGAGACCCAACGGGAUCGGGUGUUCGCCGUCUACGAGACCUGUCUGCGGCGGCAGAUCGAGCUCACCGGUGAGGAUUACGUUGCGCUCGGGCGCUUUUGUGUUUCCAUCCACGAACCCCUCUCGACGCUGCAUCGGAUGCUUUCCCGGAUGCAAGAAUCCAUCCCAGAGGUCUCGGAGGCGAUGGUGAGGGAGGUGUUGGAGCCGUGGUGCGCGCAGGCGGCAAAGGAGGGGGCGCGCUGUCGGCUACGCCGCGUUCGAAUUCCGCCGCCGACCUCGACGGCGGUCACCUGCGUUUCCUGUCAGCGGCCGUUCAAAGGGUAUCCCUUUUCGGAACCCGAGCGCGCCGCGUUGUUGCGGGAGCUGCGCGAAACCGUGAUUCCCCCGCGUUGCCGCCACCCCAAGGCGCGGGAGGGGUUUGAAACGUGGUGCCGCUACCUCGCCCAACGCGCGUCGGCGGCGGAUCCGAUCGAUCUCUUCAUCGAUGGCGCCAACGUCGGGUAUUACGGCCUCUCCGGCUGGUAUGAGGCGGCGAAACGACGCCGACUGGGCUCGCGCGCGAUCUCGACGUCCGUUUUCCCCGCGAAGGAUCUCGAUUUUCAUCCUCAACGGCGAUCCCGCGCGGCGGUGGACGUUCCGGUGGAUUUGGGGCUGAUCCAAGACGCCUUGACAGGCGCGAGGGCAACGGAGGGGUUUCGUCGCCCGCUGGUGGUGUUGCAGGAGUGGCAGGUCGCAGCGAGCCCCGCGGAAGGGCAGCGAAGGCUCGCGGAGUGGCGCCGUCAAGGGUGGCUGUACGUGCUUCCUCGGGGGUUGAAUGAUGAUCUGUGUUGGCUUUACGGCGCCCUCGCGCGGACGACCCCGACGGAUGCGCGGGAUGCCGUUGCCGAGCGACAUCCGCCCGGGGUGCCGCCUCGCGAGUCGGUUUACGUCCUCACGAACGAUCGGAUGCGGGAUCACCACUUUGCGUUGCUCAGCCCCCGCGCCUUCACGCGAUGGCGGGAGCGGCAUCGAAUUUCGUUUCGUUGCGUUCGCGAAGCGGGUCGGACGCGGUUGUGUUGGCGGUGGCCACUUCCGUAUACGCGUUGCCUGCAGUUCGAUCGCGAGGUGGGGGUUUGGCAUCUCCCGUACACCCUUGAUAAAGGGGAGGAGGCGGAGGAAGGGGGUGCUUCCCCAUCCCACCCCGUGGACCCCUCCGGUGGGGAGGAACCCGAACCUUGGGUUUGCCUUCAACUCAAUUGUGAAAGUUGUUAUUUGUGA